AUUGGUCUGAGCUCUACCGCCAUUUCCCCUUUGACUGUCGGCGCAGAAACUAGCUAACUAGAUAAGCAAGUAGUAAUCGGUUUGCCUGUCGAAGACAAGCUUUAGUUUUAAAUCGUUCAAAACGUUACUGUCUCUGUAACGUUAUUCUAUAUUAGACUUGAAAUGAGUGACAUUGAAGAUGGCAACUUCGAAGGGCGUGUUAUUGGUCGUGAAGGAUUUGAAGAGUUUAAUCCAAGAAUGUGGAAGAAUAUCCAAGAAUAUCAGAAGGCUUAUGAAAAUGUGUACAGAGCAGAACGUAAACAGGGCGGGGGAACAGGACGGAAGAAUAUCAGAUAGAAGGCACGCUCGCGUUAUCGCUCGUAAAGCAUAAGAUGGAAAGAAAAAAGGUUUCAAAUUGGGGGAAGAAAUGGAAAACAGAAAGCAAGGCAUGAAAAAAUGAAAACUGAAAAAACGAAGACCGAAGAACAAUAGAAUGCCUGAAAGAGGGAGUAGGAGGAAUGAAUGUGUCCGUUGACUCGCGCUCCCCAUCUAAAUCGGAACGGGGGAGUCCGGCCAAUGCCAAGUCAGACAGCCGCUCCGGUUCUGCAAGUCCUUCCCGAGCUUCCAAGCGCUCCGAGUCCAGGUCCCGAUCGAGGUCCAAGUCCAGGUCUCACUCCCGCAGACACUCCAACCGCCGCUACAGCCGCUCGCGCUCCCACUCCCGCAAGAAGUCCCGUUCCCGCUCCUACUCCCCCGAGUACCGGCGCCGCAAGAGCCAGAGCACCUCGCCCAUGUCCAACCGCCGCAGGCAUGCCGGCAGCAGGGGUUCCCAUGGUCAUGGAAAACAGGACAAAGCCAACCCAGACCCCAACACGUGCCUGGGUGUGUUCGGCCUGAGCCUGUACACCACUGAGCGCGACCUGAGGGAGGUGUUCUCCCGCCACGGACCCCUCGCCGGCGUCAAUGUCGUCUACGACCAGCGCACUGGACGCUCCCGCGGCUUCGCCUUCGUCUACUACGAGCGCAUCGACGAUGCCAAAGAGGCGAUGGAGCGAGCCAAUGGGAUGGAGCUGGAUGGGCGCCGCAUCAGAGUGGACUAUUCCAUCACCAAGCGGCCCCACACCCCCACACCUGGCAUCUACAUGGGUCGCCCCACACAUAAUGGAGGAGGUGGAGGAGGUGGAGGAGGAGGAGGAGGAGGAGGUGGUGGUGGUGGUGGUGGUAGCAGCAGCAGCAGUGGAGGCAGGAGAAGAGACGACCGUGGUGGGGGCUACGACCGUGGCUACGAUCGUGGUGGCGAUAGGGGCUACGACCGUGGUGGAGAUCGCGGUGGAGAUCGCGGUGGAGAUCGUGGCUAUGAUCGCUAUGAUGAGUACGACUACAGAUACAGUCGCAGGCGAUCUCCAUCUCCGUACUACAGUCGAUACAGGUCCCGAUCCCGAUCUCGCUCUUACAGCCCACGACGAUAUUAAAACGUUUCUUCUAGGCUGGUCCUUCUAAAUGGUGUAUGAUAUCUGGGGGCAUUGCCAUCCUGUCUAAUGUCAGAGGGUGGUGCUGUUUAUCUAGCUGAAGAGUUUUCUCUCCCCAAGAUGUUUUGUUUAACAAGUCGUCAUUUUUCUUUUCUUUUUUAUCUAGAUUUUUUUUUCUUUCUUUCAUUAGUAUGUGUUGUGUUCUUUUGUUGUUGCUGUUGUUGUUUUUGUUAUGCGAGUUAUGACAACAGCAAGACAGACAAGUGGAAAUGCAUUUUUUACAUAUAUAUUUUUUCCAGCCCCAAGGACCGAAAGUGUGUGUGUGUGUGUGUGUGUGUGUGUGUGUGUGUGUGUGUGUGUGUGUGUGUGUGUGCGCGCGUCAGAUUGAGAGAGUGCAAGCACAUCAGAAUAGAUAGGGGCCCACAUUGGCCUGUUUAUUUCUCUGUAAAUGGUUUCUUGUUGUUGGUUGAAAAAGUAUUAAUGUUCCAUUGUACUCAUGAGACAGUGAGUCAUCAGCACAUGUCAGUCUGGCUGGCAGCUUAAAAAGAAUGACCUCUUGAAGGUCAUCCUCCUGAAGGUCGUUCUUAAUCUUGGUCAGGGUUCUCGGCACAUCUCGACUGCAGCUCUAGAACUUGUGUGUGUAUGUAUGGGUGUGUGUGCGAGGGAGAGAGAUUGAGAUUUGAUUCUGCCACCAACAUGACGUCUUGACCCAAUAUUUGCCGCCACUGGACCCACUCACUUACACCUGAACCUAUACAGAUGUGUUUUUCUUGCAAUUCUUUUGAGUGUACCAUGAAUGUUCUUUUAGGGUUGUGUCCUUUUUCAAGAAAUAAAAAAGGCCUUCCAGCUACA